CCGACAGCAGCAGCGUUAUGGAGUCUCUCAGAGGGAAACAUUUCAUCUAACAGCUACAAUGACUUCAGUUCAGACUUUGAGAGAGUUUAUCAACGAGCGACUAACUGCUGGUGCUGGAGAAAUCUUCACCGUGUUUGAAGAAACUAUCGUCCAGUACAAAGAGGAGCUUGACCGACAGAACAGGCUGCUGGAAAUCAUCUUUAAACCUCCAAAGAAGUUCCACAGAACAGAGGGUCCUCAGAAACAUAUGGGUAAGCACAACACGAGCUCCAUUCUGGAGCAGGAGGAACAUGAAGCUCCACACAUUAAACAGGAGGAGGAUAUCAUUGAGGUGACUGUUACUGAUGGUGAAAGUGACGAUUCCCUGGACUCUGUGAGAGACUUGACCACCCAGAGACUAACUGCUGCUGCUGUGGAAAUCUUCACCAUGUUUGAGCAAACUAUUGUCCAGUACAAGAAGGAUAUUGCCCGUCAGAACAGACUGCUGGAAAUCACCCUGAAACCUCAAAUCAAGUUACACAGAACAGAGAUCCAAAAGGAUCCUCACCAGAGAGAGGAUCAGCUCUUUAAACAUGAAUCAAGCUACUAUCUUGAGCAAGGGGAACCAGAACCUCCACAGAUCAAAGAAGAGCAAGAAGAACAAGAAGAUCCAGGACUUCUACAGUUUCAAGAGGACCACGAGGAACCAGAACCUCUGCAUGUUAAAGAGGAGCAAGAAGAACCAUGUCGGCGUAACAAACGACAGAAGAUCCAACAGGGCCAUGACUGGAGAGAGGAUCAGCUCUUUAAACAGGAAUCAAGCUACUUUCUAGUGCAAAGAGAACCAGAACCUCCACAGAUCAAAGAGGAACAAGAAGAACCAGGACUUCUACAAUUUAAGGAGGACCACGAGGAGCCGGAACCUCCACAGAUCGAAGACGAGCAAGAAGAACGGGGUCAAAGUUACAAACGAGAGGGUAAUUUGUUGGUUCACAUAAGAACUCACACAGGUGAGAAGCCAUAUUCUUGUGAAACAUGUGGGAAAUGUUUCAAUCGACGGAGUAAUUUGUUGGUCCAUGCAAAAAUCCAUACAGGUGAGAAACCAUAUCCUUGUGAAACAUGUGGGAAAAGUUUCAGGGUAAAUGGUAAUUUGAUGCGCCAUAUUAGAAUUCACACGGGUUAGAAGCUGCACUCCUGUGCAUCAUUUGGAAUGCAUUUCAAUUAAUGCAGUGAUUUGUUGGGCCACAUGAGAACUCAUAUGAGAAGCUUUUUUUUUUUUUGUGAAACGUGAGAUUAAGAUUUUCUGAUCAUAGUUUAUUGCUGCACCAUGGGAAAUCUCAUUCAGGGAGUGAAACUUGAGGUCGAAAUCACAAGCCACAUCAUCCAGUGUUUGAUUUUUAAUAGUGCUGGGGAACGAUUACAUUUCUUAAUCAUGAUUAAUCGCUUAAUUUUUCUUUGAUUAAUUGCGAUUAAUCAUAUUAUGCAUAAAAUAAGAUAAUGAAUUCAAAAGUACUCUAAUGAUCAUCCUGCCCCCAGUCGGGGACAGGGAUUUUUUUUUUUUUUUUUGGCAAGAAUUUACAAUUAAUCAAAUAUGAUUCAUUAUAACUUAAAAUACCAAGUCCUUGCCAAGAUUGCCCCCCACACCACCAAACAGUGGGUGGUGCGAGAGCUGAGCUGUGUGGAGCAGUGCGGUACUCACAUGCAGCGUCGGAGCGGUGCAAAGCAGUGCUCACACGGAACACGGUGCGUCGGGGCGCCCCUUGUACAGUGAAUUUGUAUUUGUCACAGACACUGCAUCUAAUAACUUAAGUGUCUACUGCUACUACUCUGUAGAGUCAAAAAAACCCCAAAAACAAUCAGCUGAAUUAUGAAAUAUCGGGAGUUACUGCAGCUGCUGUCUUCUGUCACCAACUUUUCUUUUAAGACAAGAAUGUGUGUGAAAUGUGUUAAGUGAAUUAUAACAAUAACUAUAGUUCUGUAUUGCCAACAAUUGCGGACCAUUUCAGUGUUGUUGAUGAUCGCUUUUCCUAAGAAACAAACAUAUAGAAGCGCCGACUGUGAGUCUUUAAAUGAUGAACAAGUCUAUUUUGGCCUGGAGUUUAACAUUGACAUGCAAGUAGGCAAAUCUCCGUACCUUAGACUUUACAAGAACGUUGUCCGUGUUGCCGAUUCGAUACUGUCCCAGUGCUCUCACAGAGCCAGAAACAAAAUACUUAUAGGAAUCCAGACUCUUGUACGCCUUCAUCGCUGCUUUUGUGUACGCCGAAGAACUGUCGUUUAGAUAACAGUGAAUGUCUGCGUACUCCAGAUUAGGGAGUUCUUGAGUCUCAGCCGUGCAUGGCUGGAACAGGCUGGCAGGCAUUAAGUACGGGUCCUGCUGCAAGCUUGAAAUCCGUAGUUUCUCCCGGUAUCGGUCUUUGUGUGUUACGUCAAGAUUGUCCACUUGACCUGACAACACAAAAUCCCUACACUCCUUGUCAGUCAACAUUUUCAACGUUAAACAACACCGAACAUGUACUACUGUAUAUGAAUGAAAUCGCGUCUCACUUGUUGUUUUCACUCCAAUAUGGCGGCGGUCCUUCGGUUGCCAACUUCUUAACGUCACGUGACUGAAAAUACUCUGCAUAUAGGGAAAAAUUUACGUCCGAGAGGUCAUGCAUUGUGUUUUAUUUUGACAGUUUCGGUUUAACUUCCUGCUUGGUGCUUUCUCAACGACAGUGAAUUUACGAGGUUUUGAAGCAGCUGCACAGAAAAUAGACCUGAAGCGAAUCUCCAGCACCCUGGCGUGCGCCGGCGCUGCAGGGAUGCGCCGCUGGCACUCCACGGCACGUGCAGUGGAAAUUGUCUGAUAGGAGAAUAUGGGUUCUAAGUGCUGCGCAGUACGAUUCAAGACUGCAGCGCGGCGCUUUUGUGUUAUGUGGAAAUUGGGGUAUAUGAGCGCACACUCCCUCAAAAACCUCAUUUCAUCUCCGACCCUCAGAGAGAGAAGACAGCAAUAAAUUCAGUCACGCCAAAUUGUGCCUCAUACUUACCUUUAUUAAGCCAUAUUGUGUGUUGAAGGGGAAUUUGCUUUGAGUGUUUUCAGCGCCUGAAGAAGGCCCAGCAUGGCGAAACGUUGUGCCGGCAAAACACGCAAUUUAAGUUUUGUUUUCUUUCUUUUUUCUUUUUUUUCAUAUUUGUGCCAGUUUGUGUUCUAUAGCAACCGUUUCCUCAUGAUUUUUCUGAUAAUUCGGCCGAAUUCAAUAUGGCAAAUACAGUGAGCCCACGCGAAAACGCGGUUCACCUUUCGUGGCUUCGCCAUUUCAAGUAUUUUUUUAGUGAAGUUUUUUUUUUUUUUAACAGUGCUUUGUGUUCUGCAUCCUGAUUGGCCAAGGGACUGACCAAUGUCAACAGUCUCCGGUCUCUGUAGAGGUUGCCAAAUUUACAUUUGCUAAUUUUCUCAUGACAAAACUCAAAAUGUCAGUGAAACAUUCUGCGCCGCACAAAGGCACCUAAGGACACGCCCAAAAAGGAAGAGAAAGAAGCUAACUAUUGCAGAAAAAGUUAAACUUCUGGACAUGCUGAAGGAAGGUCGAAGCUAUGCAGCUGUCGGGCGCCAUUAUGGAGUAAAUGAAUCUUCGAAUACAAAAUAACCUACAGUCCUCCCCGUCUGCCAUGUCCUGCCUAGUUUAGAAAAGAAAUUACCCAUCUGCAUAACUUAAAAGGAACACAGAUUUUCACAAAACUAACAUUUAGAAGGAAAGUGAGGGAACGCUGCAUUUCAGCUAAAUUGCUCUAGUUUUGGACCCAUCCGGAUGAUGAUUCAAAGGAAUGUAACUCGUUAUUUGUUUUGAUGUCUGUUGUUUGUUUGCGAUGUUCAUUGACAUGUAUUCCUUUUUCUUUUUUUUCUUUUUUUUUUGGGUUGUUUGAUGCUUGAAAAAAAAUGAUUGACGAGAAAAAGUUGCAGAGCAGAUAAAUUUGUUCUUAUUUCUGCUGCCUUUCAUUCAAGCUGCUAAAAAGUUCCCUCUGUAUUUUUUUUAAAUGAUUUGUUUUUAUUGUAACAAUGAACAAAAUAAACGAAAAGGCCAGUC